UGAAUGCUAGUAGUGAAAGAUGGAAGGGAAGUGGUGUAGUGUUUGAAUGUUUGUCAUCCGAAAUAUCUAUCGUUUAUAUUAAAUUUGAAUGGAAAUAUUUGUAGAAUCAUGACGGAACCAAAGAAGGUAGCCUUUUCUACCCUUGGCCCUAUCAAGAAGGAAAAGAAAAGGGAGAAGAAGGUUAAAAGCUUGCGUAUUAUGUUGACACUGGCUGAGUCCAAUGAGAAGUCCUGUCCGGAGUUCAACUAUCGAGAACUGGUGUCUCAAAAAUUGCAUGAAAGAUUAGGCAAGAAGCGAUUGGGUGAUGUUAUCAAUGGUCCGGCUUUAGACCCGGGUGAUCCUUUUGCUACUGAUGAAGAUGCAGCACUAAAGGCUUUAGCAAAGCAAUUUGAGAACAGAUAUGGAGGUUAUACACCAAAUAGGAAAAAGAAGAGGAGAAAAGAAAACGACUUUUCCACACUGGGAGAAGGUUACGAUGAAACUGAUCCAUUCAUUGAUAACUCUGAUGCUUUUGAUGAAGUGGUACCUACACACAUGGAGACAAAACACAGAGGGUUCUACAUUAAUUCAGGGGAAUUAGAUUUUGAAAUGGUGGCAGAAGAAUCUGAAGAGGAGGAAUUUGUUGAGAGUGAUGCCGAGGUUAGAAAAAGAAAAAAACAGACUCGAAUUCUCUCAGAUGAAGAGGUAGAGAAUGAAGAGGUGGAGGAGGAGGAACGGGAAGGUAAUGAAGGGGAUGAUGAUGAGGAAGGCCAUUCUAAAAAGAGAAAGUUGUAUGAGAAUGGUAUUAUUCGUCACAAGAAACGCAAACUGGAUGAAGGCGAACUUUUGCGAAAGAGAAAAAAGAUGAUUGGUCAAUUCAAUGCUAAGAACCAGGAAAAGAAAGAUUCAGACCAAGAGACAGAAAAGGUUGUAAAUGGUAGUGAAAGUAAAGGAGAAACCCAGCCAAAUGAACAAUCUAUAAAAGCCAGUAUUGAGGCAGUGGUAAGCAGAGCCCGAGAGGAAGCUGGUGAGAAGAAAGAGGACUCUGAUGAGUCAGCCUCCUCCAGCUCUAAUUCCAGUUCCUCUGACAGUGAUUCUUCUGGAAGUUCGUCGUCUAGUGAUAGUGAUUCUGAAGGCGGGGAAGAGGAAGAAGAAGGUGCAGGGGUAGAGAAUGAAGAUGUAAACGGGGAAGGUGAAGAUGCAGAAGCAAACGAUGGCUGUAAUGAGGGUCAUGUCUCUGAUUGUGAAAAUAACAUACCACUGCCAGGCAACCUCCCUCCAGAUCUUAUACAGCUGCUUGGCACAUGGUGCUCGGCGCUCAGCUCUCACCACCAACAUCAAAACCCUCUAGCUAAGGUAAUAAACAGAUUGAAAGAGGAAGGUCGCUCAUCCAAGGGUUCCAGUCAGAAGUUCUUUACAGAUGCUGUCAAUAAAUUACUAUUAAGCAUUGAAAUAAAACUAAAUAAAAUAGGUGGAAGGAAGAAGACCCAGAUAUACAAUCAUCUUUCACAACAUCUUCCUUGUGGGACUCAAACUAUAGUAAAGCGUGCAAAGAACCUCUUGGCAGAGAGACAUGAGAGCAGAUUACAAGAACCACUGAAAAGAUUAAAGGAAACUGUAGAUUCUCACAUGCCUCCAUUGGUGGAACAGCAUGCCUUAGAUUGCCAGAAAGCUGCAGAGUCAAACCCCCAACAGUACUGGGAGCUGUAUUAUCACUUCUGGGGUGAAAAUGGAGUAACACAAAACAAAGAUGAAGAGGGUGAGAAGAAGAAAUGUAAACUACCAAAGAAGAAGUUUUUAUUCACAGAUGAAGUCAAAAAACUGUUGUGUGAAGUGGUGAGUGUAAGAGUCCAGUAUUGGCAGAUGUUGAGGAAACGGUCAGAAACUCCCGAGGAAAAUAUAAAGAGGUUUCUGGAUACUGAAGUUCGUCCCAUCUGGCCUAAGGGGUGGAUGAAUGUACACAUUCUCUUUAAGGAAAGUUAUGAAUCACAUGCUGUAAUUACGAGCAAAAGUUAUAUGAAGCCAGCAUCUGUCAAGAAGUCAGUGUCUCUGGGAGGUGGCAGUGUUACUAAUGUAUCAAGCAGUGUCAGCACCCAACCACCCAAGCCUUCUCUAAGUGCCACAGUUAUUCCAAAAAGCUUACCCUCACCUGUGUCUAGCACCUCAAAGGGAGAAGCAGUUAAAAAAAAAAUCUCACCCGGGGAACAGAAGGAGGUGGAGUCAACGGUAAAACCAGCAACAGAAAGGACUGUUUCCUCAAGUGGUGGUUUAAGUAUAAAGUCAGUAGAAAAAAUUAACGAAGAGGCUCCUAAAGCAGUUAUAGCACCAGAAAAAUUAUCGGAAACACCGAGUGAUAGUGGUGAUGCCACAAAAGACAACUCUCCUGGCAAGACACAAUCUAAGACUGUUUCAUCCAUUACGUCUGUAAGUGUUAUAGACUUAUCGAGUGAUGAUGACAAGACGAUGACAAAUAAAGUUUCAUCAUCCAAAUCGAAUCCAGUGUCUGGUUCUAGUAAACCAAAGGAUAAUAACACUUCAGAAAAAGACACAUCAGCUGUAUCAAGUACAUCAGUUAUUCAGAGAGUUAAUUCAACAUCAGAAGGAAAGAAAGAUGAUAACUUGGAGGAAGAAAUGAAUCUUGUUAUGAAUGAAAUACUCCAGAUAUCCAAAAAGAAGUCAGCCGAUGAUACUGUGGAUAAAACUAAUAAGGAGAGUGCAAACCAUUCAUCAGUGACCUCAACAACAUCUAAGCACCAGAACUUAUCACAAUCUCAAGUACAACAUCAACAUAAUAUCGUUUUACCGGCACACAAACACCACACGACACAAGGUCCUACCACGGUGGAUCAUCCAAAACAUAGUCCGCCAGUACAGCAGCAAAAACACACAACUGAGCAAACUUCACCAACACAACUCCACAAACAUCCAGUUGAGCACCAUUCACCUGUGCAACAACAAAUACAAUCACCACAACACCAUUCACCAUUGCAACAACAGAAACAAAAUAUACAACACAAUUCACCUGUGCAACAAAUGAAGCAAACAAUGCAACCAAACUCACCAGUGCAACAACUAAAGCAAACAAUGCAACCUAGUUCGCCAGUGCAACAACUAAAACAAACAGUACAACCCAACUCACCAUCACAGCAACUGAAGCAGACAAUUCAACCUAGCUCACCAGUGCAACAAUUAAAGCAAACAGUUCAGCCUAGCUCACCAGUGCAACAAUUAAAGCAAGCAGUUCAACCUAGCUCACCAAUACAACAAUUAAAGCAAACAGUUCAACCUAGCUCACCAGUUCAACAAUUAAAGCAAGUAGUUCAACCUAGCUCACCAGUUCAACAAUUAAAGCAAGCAGUUCAACCUAGCUCACCAGUUCAACAAUUAAAGCAAACAGUUCAACCUAGCUCACCAGUUCAACAAUUAAAGCAAGCAGUUCAACCUAGCUCACCAGUUCAAAACCAGUCACAAUCCCAUUCUUUGCAACAGCAUAACUUACCUCAUCCACCUAAGCAAUCACAACAGCAGCUAACUAUGCAACAGUCGCACCAUCAACAGGUGCAACAACAGCAGCAGCAACCCUUAAAUUUACAACAACCAAAGCCACAGCAAUCCUUAAAUCUUCAACCACCAUUGCCUAUGCAGCCACCUAAGUCACAACAGCCACUUAAUUUGCACCAAAGCAACCCACAGUAUCACUCCUCAUCACAACAUAAGACUUCAGCAGACUCCAGUCAUCAUAAGAAACAGUCACAACAAUAUUCACAUUCUCAUCAUCAACAACAAGUGCAGACCAAACCAAUAAACAUCAGUGUCUCAUCAUGGAACAAGGGGGAUAAGUCCCAUAACUCAAAAAGUUCUCCACCUAGUACAAACAAGACUCAUUCAUCUUGGGGAUCCAGUCAUGAAGUAUCUCCUUCCAGACAGAGACAGUCAGAAGCACCAAUUGUUUCAUCAGUCGAUCCAUUGGCUAACCUGAGGAUGAUGCACGGCCUCAGUGUGAGCAGUAUUACCCACAAAAAGACAUCGGCAGCUACAUCAGUUUAUCAUAGUCCUGCUGCACUAGCCACCUCUUCUAUUGGGACCUACAGUACAUCAGUCUCCAAGAAAAGCAGUGGAAGCAGCAGCAGUAGUACAAUUAGUACUACAAAUAACAUCCCGGCUCACAGUGGAUCUGCUAGUCUUGGGACGACUUCAAGUAAAACAAGUUCAUUAAGUUAUUCGUCAAGCCAGCCUAAACUUUCCACUUCAUCUCAUUCAUAUUCCUCCAGUUCAUCAUCCAAGCACUCCUCGAGCCAGCCCAAAACAAGGAACACCACAAGAUCUCGUAGGUUGGACCCAUAUUCAGCCUCAGUAAGUCAGUCACUGUACAGCAGUAUGACUCCAGACCAACAACUGAAUGCCUAUAAACAACUACAGCAGCAUCAUCAGUCAAAUCAACUUACACCUCAUCAACAGCAGGAACUCUGGCAGCAGCUAAAUGCGGGUGGUUACUUAGCUGGAGUGUCAAACAGUGAAAUGCUUAAGCUAAUGACUCAGAUGGGAAAGACAAUGGACUCCUACUCUUCAUCCUCACAACCAGGUUCUGGGCAGCAUCGUGGACAGUUCUGAAUGUAUUUCAGGUCUGGACUGUAAAAUUUAUACAUGAAUGCCUCGCAUAUGGAUAACAUGACACCUGGAAUGUACAAUAGUCUACUGAGCGGUAAGAGUCCAAUACAAAGAUUUAGAAUACUUGGAUUCUCGUUGUUGAAGAAUUCAAGUCUCUUAGAAGCUGCCAGUAUGAUGUGGGAAAGGUACAUGAGCUGUACACAAGAGAUAGUUAGUGAAGUACUUGUUUGUUUGUUUGUUUAUAUAUAUA